AUUCAAGGCAGUUGGAAACACCCUUUUAUCAACAGUCGUUGCUACAAGUCAUCAACCAUGACUGGUAGUAACCAUUCUCAGUCUCCAGCAGACAACUCAGAUAUGUCCGCUGGCAAGACAAUGCGACAACGUGCAACUCAUAAACCCAAGGCCAGAGCAAGAGGUCGUCGUUUGGCAGUUCCAGACGAGCCCACUUCUGGCGACGAGGAUAUGGACCAGAGCCAAGAUCAGGAGUUGGGUCGUACUUCCGACUCUAAUGAUCGACUGGUCAGUGAUGGCCAAAAGAAGGAAGAAAAGGCCUCGUUGGAAAGUGGGGAUCUGGGUGCUGGUAAAACCAGGUCCAAGGCUAUUGGCAAGGUCGAUGAGGAUCAAGACAAGGAUGUGGACAUGGAUGAUGAUGAUGAUGAUGACGACGACGAUGAUGACGAUGAAGACGAUGACGAUGACGAAGAAGAGACUUUCUGUGCUAUUUGUGGAAGAGCAUAUAGUCCAAAGGCCAACUGCAUUGUUUUGUGCGACGGUGAAAACUGCGACGUUCCUGUUCAUCAAAAAUGCUAUGGCAUAGACGUUGUUCCACCGGGUGAUGAAAAGUGGUUCUGCCAUCGGUGUGCUGAUGGUGUUCUUGUGGCGGACACUAGCAUCAUUUGCUGCUCAGAUCUUGGCGGUGCUCUCAAGCGCACAAAGACUCUGAAUCAAUAUGUUCAUGUUGUUUGUGCCAAAUGGAAUGGAUCGAAUGGUGUUGAAAACGACGUCAUUGAUGUGGUGAAUUGGCCACUGAAUAGUCACACAUGCUAUAUUUGCAACGAAAGCCAUGGUCUCACACUACAAUGCACAUCUCCUUCAUGUGAAAAAUGGCUUCACGCAACGUGUGGUAUCAAGGAAGAUGUCUUGCAGCACCCAACACGCAACUUGACUAAAUUCACUGUGCUCUGCUUUGAUCACAAGAAUCAAAAGUCAUUGAAGAAUGCUCCUUCUAUUAAACGUCUAGCUCCACCCACAUCUACCAAAGUAAAAAGAGCUACAUUGAAGCGUCAACGAAAUUCUAGCGGAAAAGAUCUUAAAUGGGAGGCUGAUUCGGAUAUAGAUAUCAGUAUAGAAAUUGCAGAUGAUGAGGCUGAUGGCUCUGCAUCUGUUGUAUCCAGCUCAGCCAUGGCUGAAGACGAAGAUGAGCCUGUAAUGCAAACUGUUGGAAAGGACUCACCUUCUCGAUCUAUUCGAGUAGACACCCUAUCCAAAGGUAAAUUAAGGAAAUCAACUGUACAACCAACCAGCAGUACUAUUUUCCCCAAAAAUAGUUCGGCUGAUAAGUCAGCCACAGGAUAUCAUUCUUCUACAGGUGCUAUCCUUGCUCGAGUAUCCAAAAAAUCUGCACCUAUAUCACCUUCACAAGCCUCAUCAGAUGCUAGCACUGAUUCUAAAAAACCAAGUAUUGCCAUCAUACCUCGGAAAUCAACGGACUCUAUAUUAGCCACUGGAAAGUUUAAUAGCACACGCCCUCUACCUGCAAAUCAGGCUGUCAAAAUGUCUUCUGCUUACAAACCUUGGUUAAAAGAUUCUCAACGUCCAUUAGUAUCAUCAGUGGCAGGGCUUUUAAACUCUGUCAGUAAUGAUGAUGCAAAUUUUGAUGCUAAUUCUCGAUCCACCACAGCCCAAACUCCUCGUUCUAUCCAAGAAACGGCUUCACAAUCUGGAUCUGCUUGGUCGUGGUUAAUGGAUAAGCUUGCCACAAUUAAAACCACUGCUGCUGAAAUCGAGAAUAUGCCGGUUGAGAUUAAGCGCCUUUUUAGCAAGGAGGCGGUUGGUUCUGCUACAUCAACUACAAGUAAUUCUGCAUUGGCUCUUGAUACACUUUUGGAGAGUUCUUAUAAUGAUUUUUCCAAAAUUGCCGAGGAACGAAUAAACGAAAUCCGAGCACUCAAACAACAACUCUCAGUCGCCAACACAGAGAUUCAAAAACUUCAACAAGAAAGCAUUCGCAUGAGAACGUUUGCGCAGCCGACCUUGCAAGCAUCGCAGAUGACCGAAUCUUCAAAUCAAAAUUCAACUGGGGCUGCUGGAACAUCUACUUCAAAUAGCGUUAGCAACGUUAUCAUGCAAGCCCAGUAUCAGGCCAUGCAAGACAAUCUUGAGGUGAUAUUUAGUUUUUUGAAUCUUCCACAAAUGCCUAACCCAUCCAAAGGAGAUAUAGAUGGGUAUGUCAGUGCUUUGCGUGCGAUCGUGGAACGAGCCAAACGAAGUGCCAAUGUGAUAGAUACCGGUACCCCUAAUGCAGGCACAUUUCCCACUGGUUCACACAACACUAACCACAACAUCAAAAUGGAUUCUUCUGGGGAUUUUGAAACCAGUAACUCUAUGUAUGCACCAAAUAUGAAAAGGGUGGCUAACGAUAUGUGAUUCGGUUUUCAAUUAAACCGCUUGGUCAAAUUAACUUUUU